CACAGCUCUGGACUCAGGCAGCAGCUCAUCAAAGCCAUGAAGUAACAAAACUGUGCUGCCCUCUGUCUUCAGAAGGGAGAAGUGCUCUGAGUGCCCAAUCUAAAAACGAAAGUAAAAACUAGGAAACAGAAACUCAACUGCACAAGCAAUCAGAAACUUCACUUCCUGGAGAGUGAGCUAAAUUGAAGGUAUUUCAGCAAACACUAACCUCCAUCCCGAGAGGGGCAGAAUGGUUUUGGACAUUAGAACGUGGGAGCAGACGUUUCAAGAACUGAUCCAGCAGGAGAAACCCUGGGCCAAGUGGACCCUGAAGUUGAAUGAAGACAUUGAGCCUGAUUCUGUGGCCCCCAAGUGGAAGCAGCACCAGCAGACAGCACCUGGCAGGUUCUCGUGUACCUUGUGUCAUCAAAGUUGGGAUUCUGCCCAGGUGAAGAUCCUGUGCCAUGUGUACUGGGACCACUGGACAUGCCAGGGCCAGGUGUUUAUGCGGCUUUUUGCUCAGAAAUGCCAGAAGUGUUUAUGUUCCCAACUUGAGAAUCCUGAGUUCUCCACUGAUAGCAUCAUGAAGAUUCUGGAAACCCUGGUACAGUAUAUUCUGCAGAGAUAC